UACAAUAUUCUCAGGAUCACAUCAGAUCUCAAUGAGGGCCAGCAUGUGACCCUUCUUUGGGUUCCAGGUCAUUACGGUAUUGCAGGAAAUGAACGUGCGGAUGUCCUCGCAAAGGAGGCUGCAAUGCGACCUGAUCCAGUUGUGGAACCUAUGGCCCAAGGGGACGCUAUUCAUAUGAUAAAAAUCAAAUUCGCCGAGUACCUUCAACGCAAUUGGGACCAACAUCAUGCUGCACAUAUGUAUGCGAUCAAACGAGAACUUAGAACAUGGGUCACAUGUAACCAACCAGACAGGAUACGCGAGGUGACCCUGGCCAGAUUGAGGUGUGGUCAUACUCGCCUCACCCAUGGCCACCUUUUUGAUAGGACGGGCCCUCCGAUUUGCCACACCUGCGACACACGCAUCUCCGUAGAGCACAUUUUGAUCGCAUGCACGGCAUUGCAUCACGAACGAAGACACAUCACUAACUAUCUUGCGGUACAACACCUUAAAAACGACCUCCCGACGCUUCUCGGGGACGACACAACAUUGACAAACCUGGUACUUGAUUUCGUCCUAACAUCACCCUACUCAGAGCUACUUUAACGGCCUUGACUGUUAGCAGGCGCCCGUUUCGCUACCACCAGGCUGACUUGUGAUACGGGAUGGGUCGGGUUUUUCGCUGGUGCUGAAACACAGAGCUUCGGUGGCAGACGGGUUUUCUCCUGCCGCUGGAGCAGGCUUAGAGGCUCAGCGGCCCAGCGAGCUACACCAGCGGACCCCGGCCGCUGAACAGCGGCGGCGGCCGGGUUGAACGACCACAGACAACCGUCGGCCGCCAACUGCAGCAGCGACAGAUUCCCCAUCCUCCAAACCAUUCCUUUCAUCGUGACGCUUAAACAUUCACAAACCCCAUCCCUCCCAGCGACAUAUCCCCCACUCUUCAAACCAUUCCUGUCAUCAAACUCUCGUAACCUUACCAUUCACAAACUUCCUCCUUCCCUCCCUUCACAAACAUCAAUUUACCGGAAAGCUGAUACACAGCAACUGAUGCUCUGCCUCACCAUGGAUGUCACUGAAAGACAGAUGUGUCCUCGCUGCUCGGUGCCGGGCGGAGAGCAGCACCCAAUGAAGAGACUGAAAAUAAACUUCACAGAGUCUGUGGAUAUGUGUCCCAACCAAAAGUGUUUGUGGGUGCGGCUGGUGUGUACGGACGCCGGCGCCGACGGACAGGUCCCCCUGCCGGGAGGACUCUCCUCUCUACCGGGUGCCGGCGGUGUCGAUUACAUGGACGAUCUGGACGUGCUGCUGAACGAGCCGUCCGACUCGGGGGUGGACGUGGACGGCAGCGACCGCAGCGUGGCCAGCUGGGAGCCGGCCGCCUCCGAGGCCGGCUCGCUGAGCAGCGAGCUGGCUGCCGUGGCGCUCUCCUCCGUGCCGUCGGCGGCGGUCUCAGAGCCGGGCCGGUGGCGGCCCGUCAGCGCGCCCGGCCGAGCGCCGUCUACCGCCGGCUCGCUGCUGACAGAGACGCGCAGCGAGCCGGACCCGGCCGCGCUCAGGAGGAUGGCCAGGCACGGCCGACAGACCGAGCCGCGCCCACUCUCCGGUCUGAGCCUCUCCAACUUCGGCGACAAGGAGACGCGACCGGAAAACUGGGUGGAGAAACCAAAGCCAACGAUGCCACCUAGUACACGCCGGCGCGCCGGGGCCCCCUCCGAGACAGGUUUGUUUAGCUCGCCGUCGGGCCGCGCCGUGUUCCGUCGUCCGGCGCUGCCGGCCUGGGAGCGCGCCGCUCUGCGUCAGACUGUGGCCGGGUCGGACCCGUGGGCUCUGCUCUCCGGCUGGGACGGCGCCGCGCGCAGCCGGCGCCUCAGCGCAGCCGCCAAAAAACUGAAGCGGGCUGAACGGAUGGAGGAGGCAGCGCGCAAAGUAGCCGCACCAGCCAGGAGCCCGGUGUCUCCCAGCUCCACCAUCACUGCCAUCGCUGGACCUUCAGCGGCGGCGCCCGCUCUGCCCGUCGCCUCCUCCAGCCGUACCGCCGCCGGCGCGGCCCCCGUGCCCGCCGGAGCCCCGACCGCGGCAGGCGCCAGUGCUCCCGGCCCUCGGACUGCCGAAGGCGCGGCCACUCCACGAUCUAACCUCCACUGUCCAGCGCGCACUGAUCGGAACGGCUCCGCCGCCGUAAAGGACACAGCCUCGCGGAUGAACACCAUGCUGGCCGCGCCAGAACUGUACAAACGACUCUGCACCACCUUCAACACCGAACAGGUGUUUGUGCGCUCGCGAAAUGUGGAGCGUGUUCGAGCGUGGGCUAAGAGGAAAGCGGCAGGCACGGAGCCAGAGGUCUGAUGGUGCGGCGAGGGGGUAUUGACACUGUCUGCUGCCGCCAUGAUUGGGAAUGACACUGGACGGUGCAACCAAUAACGAUCUUGCUCAAAGUUGAUGUGUUCAGAUUUGUACAGUGUGCAGUGUGCACUGAUGAUGCCUUAUGUAGCCCUGAUGCAGCUGAAGGGUUUCGUUCUAUGAACUUUUGCCGUUUCGUCCCACAUUGAUGCCUGUUGCUCAGGAAAGUCAAAGACAUGUGAUGGUGUAUGAAGUUUUGUGUUUUGUGUUGAAUACCGUCAGAAACACUGCCCAAUACAUCAUCAUCGUUUGCA